AAAUCGAAAGUGGAAGUUAUAAACGUCUAAUUAAUGGGUAAAUAUUUGUGUUGUUGCAUAGCACAGUCCUUUGAUAUUUGUGUAGACUAAUAACUUUAUUCACAUUCGUUCGUUCGUGAUAUAAGGUAGUAUUAAUUUGCAUUGGAACGAACUUUAAAAAUCAAUUUGAAAUAUUAAUUCUAUGUAUAAAUAUAUAAACGUGAAUAUGGAAAUUUCUUCUCGUAUACCGGAUUUACCGCCUAACAAGGAAUAUCACUUAUUUAUUUGUUAUGAACGGAAUUCUUUGUGUACUGUUGCAGAAAUUGUUCAAAAUUUGGAGAAAGAAGGAGUCGAUUGUUGCUACUUUGAGAGAGAUUUCGUUCCGGGAAGGUCAAUUACUGAUAAUAUGUAUGAUGCAAUAGAGAAAAGCAUGAAUAUGCUUAUUGUUCUAUCGGAGGAAUUAGAAAAUAGUUGUUAUUGUAUCGAUGAAAUUGACAAGGCAUUUAAUUUAAGAGUACAAGGACAGUAUAAUCUCAUACCUAUACGGAUCGAGCCCUGUUCUAUACCAGUAUGCCUACAGCAUCUCGUGUAUAUAGAUGUAGAAGAAGCCAUUGAUGAAGCACAUACAAAAAUAAUUGAUGCCAUGGUGAAGAAAGAUCGACAGAUUGCACUUAAGGAAGAUUUAAACGGGGAGUAUAUUGAAUUUGGAUUAAAGGCAAAUAAACCUUACUAUUUGCCUUUGACAAGAUAUAGAUUGAAGAUUACAGAAAAGGAAAGGGCAAAACUAUGGAAAAACCAAUUCGAGGUGUCAGCAGAAAUACUUCAGGAAGUCGGGGACACUUUCAAUGGAUCAUACUACAUAAGACUCCAUCAUGUUAUUGAUCACCAGUAUCUACUAAUGACGUUCGUGUUUUUGUUUUUCUUGAUACUCAUCAUGAUCAUCUUCUCAAUACUGGUGUUGAUGCUGGAAGGGGAAAAAACAGAUAAAUUAACAUCGGCAGAAAUGUGUCUUGCGGUUGGUUUACCAACUUGGUUUAUAUCAUAUACUGCAAGUAUGAUAGUCCUUGGUAUUUGUCAUUGCCGUAGCCUUAUGUUGUUUAAACUCGAAUUGAAGGUAAAAUAAUGAUAAUUUCUCAGCUCUUAAAUAAAUGAAAUAAAAUACAUUUUACGUAUUUUCAACGUACGUGUGACAGAUCAAAAUGACAUUUAAAUGACUCGUCAGUUGCGAUCAGCUGCAUGCAAUGCAUAUAGCAGGCAUACAAGUAUUGAUUGUAGCUUACCGUAAAUUAACCAUUACAAACAAAACCAAGAAUAUUUUAUUGUAUUUUCCUUUUUCACUUCACGGGUAAUUAAUAGAUGUGAUUAAGUACUUCCAAAUAGAAUAUUUGAAAAACCAUUUGUAAGAGUAAAAAUCAAUUAUAUAAUAUUGAACUGUAUG